GAUUGUGGUGGGGGAAACUUGAUACUAUUUUUACCAUGGUGCUACGGAGGAGUUGAAUCGGCUUGUCCUUUGUAAGUAGUAGGGAGCACCAUCUUUUGCCAUCAGAAAUCGUGAGGCAGUGCUGCUGAAGAAAGAGUGUGCCGUGGACAAGCCGUUCUUGUUGAAUUAUCAAAACUACAAACUCUGUGCACCGAGAACAAGAAACAGCAUUCAAAUUUAUGGGGAUUUUUACAAAGUUUUGAACUAUUUAUUGAAAAUGGAUUCAAGUGCACUGUACAAAUUUUUCCUAUUUAUAUCUUUGUUAAAAGGAUCUCACUCCCAGAGGCAGCCUAGGUGUGAAACAGGCAGCUGUUACCCUGCGACCGGGGACCUUCUCAUAGGUCGUGAGGCUAACCUGACCUCCUCGUCCACGUGUGGUCUGAGACGGCCAGAGAACUACUGUAUUGUCAGUCACUUAGAGGAGGACACUAAGUGUUUUACAUGUGACUCUCGCCAGCCAUGGUCAGAAUACCACAGAAACAGCCAUCGGAUCGGCAACAUUGUGUCGUCAUUCCGUGAAAGGAAGCUGCGAUGGUGGCAGGCAGAAAACGGCAAGCAGCAGGUUUACAUUCAGUUGGAUUUAGAGGCAGAGUUUCAUUUCACUCAUCUUAUCAUGACUUUUAAGACCUUCAGACCAAAAGCUCUGUUGAUCGAGCGUUCUUAUGACUUUGGGAAAACGUGGAAGGUGUACCGAUAUUUUGCCCAGCGGUGUGACGAGUCGUGGCCCGGAGUCAGGAGAUGGCCACCCAGAGAUUUGUCAGAAGUGAUCUGUGAUGAUCGAUAUUCUGAUGAAGUACCCUCUACAGAGGGAGAGGUGAUAUUCCGUGUCCUUCCACCGUUUAUCCGGAUAGAGAAUCCAUAUGAUGAGAAGGUUCAGGACUUACUGAAGUUGACUAAUCUGAGAGUGAACCUGACAGAACUCCAUGGACUGGGUGACACCUUGUUGGACAGUAGACAGGAAAUUAAGGAUAAAUACUACUACUCUAUGUACGACAUGACGGUGAGGGGAAGCUGUAGUUGUUACGGCCACGCCUCCCGAUGUGAACCUGUCAGUGGCUAUAAUGUCAGACCCGACAUGGUUCAUGGCCAGUGUGUCUGUACACACAACACCAAGGGACGUAACUGUGAGCAGUGUCAGGACUUUUAUAAUGACCUCCCCUGGAGACCUGCCAGGAGGGACUCUCCUAAUGCUUGUAAAAAAUGUAAUUGUAAUGGUCACUCAGACAAGUGUAAGUUUGACCCUGCUGUGUAUGAGUACAAUGGGGGGAUCAGUGGAGGGGUGUGUCUGGACUGUCAACAUAACACGAUGGGGAGGAACUGUCAGCAGUGUAGGGACAUGUUUUACCAGGACCCCUUCCAGGACAUCCGCAGCUCCACCAUCUGUAAACCCUGUGACUGUGACCCCUCGGGAUCUAUGUUUGGGGGGCGUUGUGACGACCACUCAGACGAGGCUAACGGUCUGGUGGCCGGGAGGUGUCAUUGUAGGGAGCAUGUGGAGGGCAAGCGCUGUGACACGUGUAAAGAUGGCUUCUACAACCUUAACGAGGCCAAUCCACAGGGGUGUCAGGCAUGUGACUGCAGUAUGAUUGGUACCGUGACUAACUCCUCCUGUGACAAGGAUAGUGGAAUGUGUCUGUGUAAACGUUAUGUGACAGGAGAUAGGUGUGAUACCUGCCAUCUUGGGUUUUAUGGGUUGAGUGAUAUUGACACUGGGUGUACCCCCUGUGACUGUGAUGUGGGCGGGUCUAUCAGUGAGGAGUGUGAUCAGGUGACUGGAGUUUGUACCUGUAAACCUAACAUCAUUGGUAAACAGUGCGACCAGCCCCGCCCUGGGUAUUACUAUGCUAUGUUGGAUUAUCUACGAUAUGAAGCUGAGUUAGCCAAAGGAUUUGGACAAGUGCGUCAGUACAUCCAGGAGCCCUACCCUGAUGGUUAUCAGCCGUGGACCGGCCCGGGGUACAUGUUGAUCAGGGAGGGGGACAGUCUGGAGUUUAACGUCAGCGACAUAGAGUUCCCCACUAACUACGACAUAGUCAUCCGAUAUGAUCUAAGGAUGCCUGAGGUAUGGGAUGAAGUGUUGGUAACGAUCCGUCGUGACAAAAUCCCUGAGGAGAAUGGACCCUGUGCCAAUCAUGUGCCUAGAGAUGAUGAGAAAAGCACCACACUUAACCCAGGAGCACGGUAUGUAGAGGUUGUCCCCUCGGCCUGUCUGGAGCCGAAUACAAACUACAGAAUCCGUCUGGACUUCCGUCGUUAUAAGUCUGGAUUAUCCACACCAGACGCUACAGCCCUCAUCGACUCAAUUGUGCUGGUUCCUGCCACAGACAGCAUUCCUAUUUUCCAAGUGUUUGGGUAUUUGAACUUCAUGAAGAACCAGUUUAUCCGUUACCAGUGUCGCGAGAAGCAGCUAUCACCAUACCGACCUAAUUACUCAGACUUCUGUAAAAAACUGACUUUCAGCAUCAGCACAAGCAUGCUGCAUCGAGCUCUGCCCUGCGAGUGUGAUCCCACUGGUUCAUUAAACUCAGAGUGCGAACCAGCCGGUGGACAGUGUCUGUGUAAACCUAAUGUCGUCGGCAGGAAGUGUGACCGCUGCGCCCCGGGUACCUACAACUUUGGACCUGCGGGCUGUUCUGCCUGUAAUUGCCAUGAGUACGGAUCUCGUGACAACCUGUGUGACGCCCAGACAGGACAGUGUCUGUGUAUCUAUAAUGUGGGAUCCCGGGACUGCAGUCAGUGUGAGCCCGGAUACUGGGGGUUCCCUCAGUGUCGACAGUGUGACUGUAAUGGAAACGCAGAAAUCUGUGACGAUCUGACCGGAAAAUGUAUCGGAUGUCUGAACUUCACUGCUGGAGAACAUUGUGAACGAUGUGAUGCUGGUUACUAUGGUGAUCCCAGAAGUUACAUCAGGAAGCCUUGCCGCCCCUGUAUGUGUCCCGGGGGUCCCACCAGUCAGACCCAGCACGCUGACUCCUGUGAGGAGGACCCCAGACGGGGGGUCAUUGUCUGUAACUGUCUACCUGGCUACCAAGGUCCUAACUGUGACACAUGCAGUGAGAACUACUUUGGAAACCCCCUGAUAGCCAACAGUACCUGUGAGCCGUGUGUGUGUAAUAACAAUAUAGACCCUGACGUGGAUGGCAGCUGUGAUACGUCCUCUGGGGAGUGUCUGAAGUGUCUUUUUAACACGGAGGGGUUUAACUGUGAGAAGUGUAGGCCAGGGUACUAUGGGGAUGCCACCACCCAGAGCUGUGUGGAGUGUGUGUGUGACCAGUAUGGUACGGACAGCUCUGCUGGACCCUGUGACAGAGAGACCAGUCAGUGUCCGUGUCUGCCUCAUGUGACAGGACUGAGGUGUGAUGCCUGUCUGCCCGGGUACUGGAACAUUACCAGUGGGGAGGGCUGCUCAGCCUGUGGGUGCGACCCUGAGGGAUCAUUGGGAAUCACCUGUAAUCAGUUUGAUGGCCAUUGUUCGUGUCAGUCAGGGAGGGGAGGCAGAGACUGUAGCCAGUGUGAGGAUCUCUACUGGGGCGACCCUGAAGUCCAGUGUACAGCCUGUGAUUGUAAUGGUCAGGGGUCUGCUGACAUGCAGUGUGACCGUCGUACCGGUCAGUGUGUGUGUCUGACUGGUAUAAGCGGCUAUAAGUGUGAUCGCUGUGACAGAGGUACCACUGGAGAACUCCCUAACUGUAAACCCUGUGGGGAGUGCUUUGACAACUGGGACCGAGUCAUCAGAGAUCUCAGAGGCCAGACCCAGUAUUUGGUCAAUGAAGCCCUGAAGAUCAAAGCCACUGGAGUAGAGAAAGCCUUCGAGAAAGAGUUUAUGGAGAUGGAGAACAACAUUCAGGAAAUCCGGGACAUCAUCCGUAACGCUAACGUGUCAUCCAACGACAUCAAGGACAUCGAAAGGAACCUCAAGCAGCUCAGGGAAUCCUUGAAUAUAAGCUACAGUGACUUGGAGAGAACUGAGGUGGAAAUAAACAUGAGAUCUGACAGCAUCCGACAGAGUAACAACGAUAUUAAGGCCCUACAGCUGGGAGUCGACAAACUGAAAGUGAAAAUAGAAAACCUCAAGAAGAACGCCACCAAUGUACAGGCCCAGGAUGUAGAGGGUGCCUAUAACUUAACAAAGAAAGCACAAGAAGUGUCCAUGGCCGCCCAAAGGAAAGUGAAUGCUACAGACGGAAUUCUGGACCAGUCUGAGAAAAUCCGACUGGAAGUAGAGAACAUGAUUAACACUCAGCAUGCCGAGUUUGAGAGAAAGGUCAAGGUGAACGAGGAAAAUCUCAACGAAAUCAACAACCAGAUCUCAGGCCUCGGGAAUAAAAUAGCCGACAUCAAUGAAAUGGUAUGUGACAAGCGUGGCGAGCCGUGUCACCCUGUGUGUGGGGGAGGUGGAUGUGGUGUUUGUGGUGGAGAAGAGAGCUGUGAGAAUGGAGCUGUGAAGAAAGCGGAGAAUGCCCUGGACCUCGCACGGAAAGCGGAGGAACUACUGACCAUCAAGGAGAGGAAUGCCACCGAUCUCCUACAGAAGCUGCAGAAUUCCCAGAGAGGAGCAGAGAUGGGGAGAGAUGAGGCCCAGAUGGCUUACAAUGAAGCCCUCAAAGUUAAAAACGAGACCGAAUUCGCUCGUACCGCUCUUCAGGAUCUGUUUGUCAGGAUCUCUGGCUUCCUGUCAGCAGAUGGCGCCACUCCUGAUGAUAUCAAACAGAUCGCAGAGGAAGUGCUGGCAAUGAGUAUUUCUUUGACCCCGGAGCAGAUUAUGGAUUUGGCUCAGAAGAUUAAUGUCACCAUACAGGGGCUCCAGAAUAUUGAUGAUAUUCUAGCAGAGACCAGCAGUGAUCUGGCCAGGGCCAAGGGUCUAAAAGACAGAGCUGAAAAGGCUGAGGCUGAUGCCAAAUCCAUUUUGGAGAAGGCAGAGGAUGUUCAGGCGAAUCUGAAGGGGGCCACAUCUGCCCAGGAGGCAGCUCAGAAGGCCAUCAGUCAGGCCGACAUAGACAUACUGGACGCAGAGCAGUACCUCACACAGAUUGAGUCGGAGACGGCGGCCGCCACAGACAAGUCUAACCAGUCCCUGGCGUUACUGGGGGCCCUGAGGGAGAGACUGAGGGACCUACAGGGGAGGUACAUAGAGAACGAGCAGAAAGUGUCCAACGCCGAGAGGGCGGCCCAGGAGGCCAAGAGACUGGCCCAGAAAACAGAGGAGGCUGCCAACAAAUUGCAGACCAAGUAUAAUGACACUGCUCAAAAUCUGAACUCCAGAUAUAAUCUCACAACUCAAGCUCAGUCACGAGCUGAGAUUCUCAAGAAAAGGGCAGAUAAACUUGCCUUAGAUACAACUGCCAAAUUAAAGAAUUUAGCCGAAAUGCAGCAGAACUUUGAUACCAAUGAAAAGAGACUAAACAAACUUUCCACAGAUAUAGAUGAACUAAAUCGACGAAUGGCCGAGUAUCUACAAGCCAUAAACGAUAAAGCCACAGAGUAUUAUAACUGCAAGACCUAGGGUUAAUAUACAUGUAGACAUGUCACUGUCAGACUUGUAACAGGGCUGGAAAGAAAUCUAUGGAUUAUAGAUAGGGAUCAAAUUUUGCAUGUAAUCUAAAGUGGAGGAGUAUCGGUAUUACAUUUAUAUAAGAGAUAUAUGGUCAGCAUUAUUGUAAGUUAUAUAUAAUCUGUGAUACCAGUCUUUAUGUAUCAAUCUUUCAAUCCAAACAUGAAAAGGAAAUGUGGUGGUAUUGUUUUAGACAGUUGUGAGUGUGAUUGACUAUGUUUUAAAAUUCAUGGGACAUUUUCCACUUAAUUUAUGGUACAUUGCUACUUAAAGGUAUAAUACUGACUAAGGUUCAGAUUUAUGUUAUGAUCAAUACCAGGCUUAUAUACAGUAUAGACCCAGUGAGAUGGACAAAUGUGUCAUGUUUUUUUAUAGUGUAUAUUAUAGCUUUUUAUUUAAAUUUAUUCCAAGUUGGAAAUGAUUUGUACAGGUGUUUUAUAUAUCUGACCUGCAUAAGUUUGCCAAGGUAUAUAUUAUAUUAGCAGGGAUGUGUUAGCCACAAGUACUGUUUCAGUCUUGUGAAGAUUUUGUAUUAAUUAGAACUAGGUAAACAGUCAUGUCCCAUUUUAUUGUAAAGUGAAUGACUGUAUGUUUGUACUUAUGUCCUAUAUGUAUUCACAUAUUUUUAUGGUAAAAUUUGUAAUAGUCGCAUGUGUUCUAGACGUUUUUAUGUCUCUCAUUUUAUAGCAUGGUUUAUACAUAAUGCUCAUACAUUAUAACUGUGAUGUUACUGCUGCUUAAGAACAACUGUUUACAUUUACGUGUGUCAUUAUUCUUUAUUCAAGAUGAACAGAAUCUUAAGACAAAUAUAACAUAUUCUUAAUUUCUCAUUACACAUUACUGAAAACUUUUUCCUUUGUUUUAAAGAAAAAGUAUGUUACGCUCAGAGGUAGCGGAAAGAAUUGAGAAUUUUACCAGAGAACGAAGGUUAAAGCUUUAAUAUAGGGCAUAAUACAGGUACAUUUUUUGUAGUACAUCAAAGUGUAUCCAUAUACCUUUCUCUUGAUCUGACAUAAUACACAGGGGUUGUCAUGUGCUUUAUACACCAAGUUUUAGGUCAAUUGGACUAGAAAUCUCUCAAUUCAUCUUUAAUUUUCAUAUUUUAAAUAAAUGAUCAAUAGAUAAUUGCUAUAAUUAAUAUUUGAUUUUGUUAUACUAGCUUCUCAUUUUCACCUUCUUCAUUAUACAACUUGUCAAAUGUAUGUAUGUUGGCCUUGUACACAAGUUUUGAAUGUUCGUAUUUCAUAUGGUGCUAUUGUAUUUGGUACAAACUGCAAAUCCUGAUAUUUUUAUUAUCCACUGUAUAUUGAUAGGGAUCAUUGAAUAAUAUGUUUUGAAAUUUUUACUGAAGGUUGUUGAAAAUAACAGAGUCAGGGAAUUGAAGGAAAUGGUAUUUUACUAUUUGUAGCUGAAUACAACUUUAUAUGGUCUUCCAAACUUUAUAGUAAUAAUAUAAUGUCAAUAUGAUAUUUGAAUUAGUACAGCUGGUUUGUCAAAGAAAACCAAACCAAAAACAACAGAAAUCUUAAUUUAUCAAGCCUACCUCUUUGUAAACACAUUUACAUUUUUUCAAUAUGGUUGUAUUAAACUAGGAAAACACUACUUUAAGGAGAGUAAUUACAUGUACAUGUAUGUGGAUGUGAAGGUCUUGCUUAAUAACUAUAGAUGUAAUUAAUAUUUAAAUAUUAAGUGUUUGUAUUUCUUCAUAGUUUUUAAACAGUAUUGACAGAUUCAAUGAAGAUGCUACAAAUCUGUAAUGUAAAUGGUACAUUUUUUUUAAAAAAUUGAAAAAUUGUAGGUUCUUGUACCUGAUAUUUUUACGAACUUUGCUUAAAAGUUGUGAGAAUUUUAUCUUAAUUUGCAGGUAACCCUAAAACUUGCAGUGUACUUGUUUCUUCCUUAGUUAUGGGUUAUAUUUAGUAUGCAUCAUCUUCAAAUUCAGUUUGUUCAGUUAUUACCUCAAAAUAAAUUCACAUUUUACAAUAAA